AGAGAGGGGGCUCGUCGUUCACUGCUCCACCGAGCCCGCUGGAAGCGCCGCCACCGCUCUCUGCCUCAGUGUCCUCCGCCCCACACGCUUCCUGGGAUUUAUAUCGGCUUUUUAUUAAUUAAGUGCUGCAGCCACAUGACUCCACUAACUACCAGCGCCCGAUGCCCGAGGCCGCCAUGGCCGGGGCGCAGGGCUGCGGCGAGGGCAAGAUCGCGGGGCUGUACGACCUGGAGCGCACGCUGGGCAAGGGCCACUUCGCCGUGGUGAAGCUGGCACGGCACGUCUUCACCGGGCAGCGCGUGGCCGUCAAGGUGAUCGACAAGAGCAAGCUGGCGGGGGAGGCGGCGGGGCAGCUCCUGCAGGAGGUGCGCUGCAUGAAGCUGGUCCAGCACCCCAACGUGGUGCGCCUCUACGAGGUCAUCGACACCCACGCCAAGCUCUACCUCAUCCUGGAGCUGGGCGACGGCGGGGACAUGUUCGACCACAUCAUGCGGCACGAGGGCGGCCUGGCUGAGCCGCGGGCCAAGCACUACUUCGCCCAGAUUGUCCACGCCAUCUCCUACUGCCACAAGCUCCACGUGGUGCACCGCGACCUCAAGCCCGAGAACGUGGUCUUCUUCCAAGAGCAGGGGGUGGUCAAGCUCACCGACUUUGGCUUCAGCAACCGCUUCCAGCCCGGCAAGAUGCUCACCACCAGCUGCGGCUCCCUGGCCUACUCGGCACCGGAGAUCCUGCUCGGGGAUGAGUACGACGCCCCGGCUGUGGACAUCUGGAGCCUGGGGGUCAUCCUCUACAUGCUGGUGUGCGGCCACCCCCCCUUCCAGGAGGCCAACGACAGCGAGACCCUCACCAUGAUCAUGGACUGCCGCUACACCGUCCCCCCACACGUCUCGGCCCAGUGCGCUGAUCUCAUCUCCAGGAUGCUGCAGCGGGACCCGAAGCAGCGAGCGUCCCUGGAGCAGAUCGAGGGCCACACGUGGCUGCAGGGGGUGGACCCGUCCCCCGCCAGCCGCUCCCUGCUGCCCCUCACCUCCCACAAGCGCGUGUCCCAGGAGGAGCACGAGAUCAUCCUCCAGGCCAUGAUGUGCGGGAACAUCGCGGAUCGGGAAACCAUCCAGGAGGCGCUGGAAGCCGAUCGCUACAACCACAUCACGGCCACGUAUUUCCUGCUGGCAGAGAGGAUGCUGCGGGAGAAGCGGGAGAAGCAGGGCCACCGCCUCAGCCUCGUCUACAACCUGGCCAAGGAAGUGCAGAGCAGGACCAACUUAUCGGACACAUUUGGCUCCGGGGGCGGUGCCAGCAGCCUCCUGCCCUUCUCGGAGCCCGGCAGCCUCGCUGGGGGUUCCUGGCUGCCCCCCGGAGGGGACAUUGGUGGCCGGCAGCCCACCAGGACCCUGCUGAAGGUCCCCGCCGUCGACACCACCAUCACCAAGAGCACCCCGGCCCUGCAGCAGAUCUGCGAGGAGGAAGAGGAGGACGAGGAGGAUGAGGAAGGGAGGCCCAGCGCCAUGGAGAGGAAGAGCAGCUCGCUGAACCAGGAGCAGAUGCGAGCCUUCCUGCGCGCCCACCGCCCGCCCGGCCGUGGGGAGGUCUGGGGGACAGAGGCUGAGCUGGGGGGCCGGGGCGGGUGCCCGGGGGCAGCCUGGGCUGGGAAGGGAGCGACGGGGGGCUGGGGUCUCCUGGGCCUGCGGGGGCGUGGAGCUGAGCCCCCGAGGAGGGAGGAGGACAUGGAGCCCGGGGGCUCCUCAGCAGAGUUCCCCAAGGAAAGGGGAGCCGUCCUGUCACCCCAGAGCAGCUGUGCUGGGGUACCCAAGGUGCUGGGGGCAGAGACGACCCCUGCCUCCCUCCCAAGCCCCACAGACACGUCCCCAGGGCAAGGGGCUCCCACCAGCCCCGCCCGGCAGUCAGUGGAGAGCUCAGGCACCGAAGGAGGUGCAGAGAGUGUGAUCAAGCUGGACCCGGGCAAGGGCAAGGGGGGCAGCCUGCGGGACAGGCUCCUGCAGAUCCCACUCUGCGAGAAAGCUCUGGCCUUCAAAUUGCGGCCGGGCUCCAAGGAGAGCCUCCUCUCGCUGGGGCAGUUCAACUGCUGUCAUGUCAUUUAAGGCCCCGGGGUGAGGGACCAGCCCCGCUGUGGGGUCUGGGGGGGAGGGCACCCAUUCCCCUGCCUUUGGUCUGCCAGUGGCCAUGGGGCUGGCAGGGGGCACGGUGCCCUGCUUUGUCACCUGUGGUGGCCACCCUGCCAGCCCCCUCAGGGCACCUUCUGUGAGAGACCCCCCAGGAUGGGCCCUCCCGAGGGUGAAGCGGACUGGGGUCCAUCCCUGCGCCGGUCGGCUCGUCCCCAGACCCCAGGACAGCUCCCUGACCCUGCCGGGGUGCGAUGGACCACGACACUUUUUUAACUACUAGAAAUAAUUUUUUAAAUAGUCUAUUUUACUGUAAUUAAAUAGAGAUUGCUAUAUCCCCCUGGCCCCCCCGGGCCGGUGAUGCCCAGCCUCGCAGAGUGCACGGCCCAGGGCCGCGCUGUCCCGCCUGCAGCCCCCCCGCUGGCCCCGGCCGGGGCCAGGCACAGCCUGGCCCGUGACCCCAGGCCAUCCCCUGGGCCCUCCCCACAAAUAAGCUUCCUAUUUAUUAUCUCUUUGUUUUCUUGCUGGCAAGAAAUGAAUGCCGACGGAGGCGCGGGCCGGCGCUCGGCCCGAGCCGCGGCGCGUGCACGUGGAAGGAUCGGAGCCGCUGGGAAGCAAAGUUCAUCGGGACAAUAAAAUAAGCUCGUGGGUUGA